AAACGAUAGGUAUGAUAGCAAGCUACUAUUGUUCAAUAUAAAUUAUUAUAAAAGUAUUACACAUCUAUUCUGUGAAAAAUUACAGUAUAUCACUAUAUUAUACUGAUUUAUUCAGUUGGAAUAUGGUAUCAUAUUUUUUUUCAGUUCUGUAAAAUUUUAUAAAAUUAUGAAUCCAUGUGUUGUCCCAACGAUUCCAUUUGAUAAUGACAAGGAAUGGAAAUUACAACACAAACGUUAUGUGGCUGAAGCCAAAGCUCAAAACCCAGAUGUAAUUUUAAUUGGUGCUUCUAUUAUUCAAUUAAUCCAAUGUUAUCCUAUAUGGAAUGACAAAUUUGUACCUUUAAAUAGUUUAAAUUUUGGAAUUUGUGGUGAUAGAACUCAAGAUGUUCUAUGGAGAGUACAAAAUGGCAUUCUUGAUCACAUAAAACCUAAAGUUUGUAUUCUUAAUGUUGGAUCAAAUAACGUUGAUAAUACGCCAAUUCAAAUUUCAGAAGGUAUAUUGGCUAUUGUUGGUGAAAUUCAAUCAAAACUUCCCGAUUGUUACAUUAUAAUCAUUGGAAUAUUACCACGUGGUCCUUAUAUGAAUCCAUUGAGAAUUUUGGGAACUCAAGUAAAUGAAAUUAUUGGUGAAAAAGUGAAAAGUAUAAGAAAAGUUGAAUUAUUCAAUCCUCAUUUGCUACAACCAGAUGGCACAUUGAGUCCAGAAGACGCAAUGGAUUAUCUUCAUCCAACUGAAAUAGGUUAUCGUAAAAUAUUCAAUCCAAUUUUUGAGCGUCUUAAAAAAAUUCUUAAGAAGUAUUGGAGAUUGGAGACCAUAGUACACCCACAUAAAGAUGGUUUAACUCAAAAACUAAAAGUAUCUAUGUAGUAUGUAAUAAACUAUAAACUAAGAAAGGACAAAAGAUUUUAAUUUAUAUUUUUGGUAUAUAAUUUUGUUUAAAUUUUUAUUAUGCGGGGUGUCCUGUGAGGAUUUAUCCAUUGCAAUAUCUCCUGAAAUAAUAGAGAUAUCAUAAUUCUGGUCU